CCGAAAAUAAAAUGAUCAGGUAUUGGAAACUAGAACUUGUGCCUACAGUGACAGCUAGUACAGAAUACAUUUAAAAAUCAGCUUUAUUGACGUGAAGCAGACUCCAAUCGAUGGUUAACGAGGAUCCCCGAUCGCGAAGCCGAAUUCAGUAGGAAAUCGAUAGUGCGCAUUGUAUUAUCGAUUUACAUUCGAGUUGAGUUGAAUAAGAGGUCUCCCAACCCUCCGCUCCCGCCAGUCCCGCCGCUAUUGCCUCUCUCCAGCAGCAGUUACAGAAGGAAAAGUGAAUAAUAUGAGUGUUUAGUGAAAGAAAAAAUAGGCGGCAUCUAUAAACAACAACACCAGCAGUCUAUAAACAGAGUGUGGUGAUGGCGUUCCCUGGCAGCUACAGUCUCAAGUGGCAUGGUCAUGCAGGACACUUAAACUCCUCAAUAUCCGGCCUGUAUCGAUCAGACGCAUUUACUGAUGUGGUUUUGGCUACAGCAGACUGCCGGUAUUUCUCCGCUCACCAAUUUGUACUCUCAGCUUGUAGUCCCUACUUACACAAAAUGUUCUUCAUCGCUAGCAACAGUGUGAAAACUAAUAACAAGACAAUUAUAGUUCUUCCAUCUGAAAUAACCCACUCUACUCUGGGUAUUCUCCUUCAAUACAUUUACCGAGGGGAAGCGAUUGUCAGUCAUGACCAAUUACCGCACAUUAUGAGAGCUGCAGAAAUUCUAAAAAUCAGAGGCUUAUGUCAAAGUAAAGGACUGCAAGACGGGAACAGUGUUCACAAAAACAAAAAUAGUACAGAUGUAAGAAAUAUCACAGAAAAAACAACGCCCAAUCAAAGAGUUUUGAUUCCAGAAGUUAACUAUGGUUCUGAGUCAAAUGAAACAGAUAACACUGGUUCUAGUAAAUCUGUUCUGAGAAAUAAUCCCAAAACCUAUUCAAAACAACCACCAAACCCCACCAUAACAACUCCUCCAGAAAAGAAAAAGCUGAAGAGAAAUUCUGAGAGACCUUUAUUAGAAAUAAAUUCAAAUGAUGAGAUAACCAUAGAAGAUAAUAUGAUAGAAAAAAUUUUAGUUGGAGAAGAAAUCCAAGUGAAAGAAGAACCAAUUGAUUGGGAGGAACAGAAAAGUGCUGAUGAAAACAGGACAAAUGUAAAACAAGAAGUGGUUUCCGAAGAGGAAUUAGAGGUGGAAGAUAGUUGCUAUGUCCCUCUCACUUGCGACUUGUGCCAAGAAACGUUCAGUUCACCAGCACUUUGGGUGCGUCACAUUGAGCAAAAUCAUCCUACCACAGCCUUGGGAUUAAACAGACAGACUAAAGGGGAUGGGGACGGGUCAGGAGAAUAUAGUCCACUGAACUGUGAGCUGUGCCAACAAGUGUUCACAGUACCAGCUGAUUGGGUGAGACACAUCAAGAACCACACAGAAGAACAGCUGGCCCAAGCUAAUGAAACAUCUGACGCCUUAAACAGACAGAGGGGGCAGAUUGCUUGUCCGGUAUGUGGCAAGGUGCUUCAGUCGCAAGCUUCAAUGCAGAUUCACGCCCGCACUCACACUGGCGAAAGGCCGUACUUGUGUAAGACGUGCGGCCGUGAAUUUAACGUGAAAAGUAACUACUUGCGACACAUGCGAACUCUUCACGAUCAAAUAGUUAAUUCUAAUUCUGUUGAGUAAUUUGUUAUGUCUUGCUUUCGGCUCAAUUUGCUGGAGGGGAGUUUAUCUUUGGUUAUGAUUAUAGCACCGUUCAUAUCAUAACAUGAAGACUUUUAAAAUGUUUUAUUCUGGAUGUGACUGGCUUUUCUUUAGCCUUGUCUGAGAUGGAAACAAUUUAAUUAAUUUUAUUAAUACGUGUAAUUUGUUACCCUUAGCAUGAGAAAAAACUUUUUAUAAAUUAUAACGGUGUCAAGUCCUAUCUAUAUAUGGUAUAAAUGUUUAUGAAAUAUUAUUUUUUUUACUUAGAACCAACUGCUAACUUACAUUUAUUAAUUUGCCUUAAUCAAUAAGUUGAUUAGAUUCGAAAUAAAACCUUAAUUCGUAGGCCUACUAGUUAAGUAGGCUAUAAUGUGCUUGUGAAUAUCUGAUAAAUAUAAAUUUAACCUACGCCUAUAUUAUUGCAUAAAUUUAUAUUUUAAUAUGAUCUGAAUACAAAUAACAACAAAAUACUAAGCAAUUUAAGUUGUUUCCAUUAAAACGUUAUACCAUGGACAAAUAGAAUUAAAUAUCGAACGUCAGCAGUGCUGCGGUUGGCAUAAGUUCUGGCGUCCAUCGCUGAGAGCGCCAUGUAGUUGCGGCGCACAAGUUACGUAACUACAUGGCGCUCGCAGCGGUGGACGCCAGAAAUUAUGCUAACCGCAGCACUGCUGAUGCUACAUUUAAUUCUAUUUGUCUAUGGUUAUACUAUCUUACUAUAUUACCAUUGACUAUUGGAUACUGAAGUAUUAAUAUUUAAUUAUUUGUAUUGAUUGUCAAAGAUAUUACCCAGCAGAUUUUUUAUUGUAUUAUUAUCUUUGUAUUCUUGAAUUGUUCAUUGUUACAUACACAUUAUAAUUUAAGGUUUAGGAUAUAUUUAUUUGCUCAAAAUGUGAAUUCUUGCUAUGGCUAUUUCCCAUCAUUUGCUUUAGGCCUACUGUAAGCUUUAAAUGGUUAUGAUAGGCCAACAUCUUAUUUGCAAAUUGCUUUUAGUAAAAAAAAAAAAAAAAUCAAAUGACUUUCUAUAAAAUAAGUUCUAUAUAGUAUUGAUUUAAUUUGAAUAAAUUAAAAGUUUUGUCAGCGUUGAGUACAAGUUCAGAAUAAUUGUGAUUUUCUAAUUUUGAAAAAUUUAGUGACACCACAAGAGAGAUAAAAUACUAGGUAGUAGGCCUAUUACCCUAUUCAAAGCAAAUCUUGCCAACUUAAAACACUGUUCUAGAUAGAUGAACCAAUCAACCUAUACAAGAUUAUUUUAUCGAAACAGUCUUCAUUAAAUAAGUAUGCUGUUUUUGUUAUCAAAUCAAUCAUCUCUGAAAUACACACAUUUGCAAGUUGACAUCAUAGUGAGUCAAUGAAUACAUUGAGUGAUAUGAGUUGGUUAUCCACUUUUUACCGUUGUUUUUAGACCUAACUUACGUCGUCUACAAGGGUUUUCUUUAAAGAUUGUUUUUCUACUUCUGUAGUGUAUUCAAUGUUCAUGUACAAAUUUAUACCAACAUUAAAAUGUAUUUUGCU